AUGAAAAAUACAGUGUUAGAAAGACACCAAAAACAAACAAACAAAGACUUGCAAGGAAAACAGUACAAGACAAACAGUCACCAUAGUUCUACUUCUUUCACAUGUGAAACAUGGCUAGGAAAGGAAAAUGAAAACCUAGACAUGUAGGAAUUGAGUAUACGAGAAUUGCCAUGGUUUGUAAUUUGUACUCUGUAGUUUGUACCAUAGGCAUUGCAUUUAUUCAUUUACUAUGGCAAGAGAAGAACAGAGAACCAAGAGCAGUUCAAGAAUAGAUAGCAGUCUGUUAGAGGAGCGAGUUCAAUGCAGAAGAGAAGUUAUAAUCAAUUGGUAUGGAAACAAUGGAUGUAUCAAAUGGCAUCGGAAAAUGUCGUUGCUGCACUCACAUAUCUAGCUACAAAAAGGACAGAUGGCUUGAAGGAGGAGCUAGCUACGUACAUCAUGAUGGUAUUAUUCCAAAUACAAUCUGAAACAGGUUUGUAGCCUGAGUUUAAAUGAUAAAAAAAGGAGUAACUGAAUAUAAUUUUAAAUGGUUGGUUUGCCAAGUCAGUAAGCUAUACAAGCACAGCAAUGUACAAGGUUAUGAAUAUAUUACCAACAAUAAUCUGUCUCAAUGCAGAAAACAUGUCGAAAUAACAAAGCACGAAUGAACAGAGCAACGUCUGUCAUACAAAAAACUAAAAUUUCUUGUGUGGUCUUAGCAGAGCCACUUAUAGCCAACCCAAGUACAGCGAAACGUAGUCAUGGCAGCUUAAUUUCUCAAUGAAAUUCAUAACAAGCACAUGUUCAUUGAUUAUUAAUUAAACAUGUUUUCUUUUGCUAAGGCAGGUAAAUGUACCUGCCCAUGUUUGCCUCUAUAUUGGAAUUAAUUUGUUUGUUUUCUUUCCAUAUAAAAAAGUGCUGGGAAGCUUCUAUUGCAUUUGUAUACACUUCUUAUAUAUUCUGUAAAUUAGUUAACUUAUUAUUAUUAUUAUUAUCUCUUACUUAUGGAAGAAAAGUAAUUAACCAAUGUUGCGUGUCCUCACAAGGAUGUGUUUGUUCUAGUUCUCGUAAAAAGAAAAGAAAAGAAAAGGAAAGGAAAGAGAGGAGGUGGGUUUGGCCCAACUAGAAAGGCAUCUCGUACGUAAGCCCACUUAGCCCAACUAGAGAACGUUGUAGGGGUUGCGGGAAUCAACAGCCGCCGGGAGAGGUUAAUUAGGGUUCCAAACUUGCAUGGAGCGAGAGAUCGAGAUGAGCGAGAUGGAGACGGGUAAGGCGAUCGAGUUGGUGUUGAAGCGGUUGGAUGAGGUGCGUACGCGCAUGGAUGGGGUGGAGAAGCUGUUGCGUAUACUCAUCUGCAGGGAGGAGAAGCGAGCGAAGGUUGGGAGGAGGAGGAGGAGGUCGACAAGAUGCAGAUGGUGACGGCGGCGGCAGGUGGCGGUAGCAGCAGCAGGAGGAGGAAAGCCAUCAAGAGAAACUUUAAGGCUAAAGAAGCAGACCGCAAGGAGACGGAAGAGGAGGGCAAUCAGGUGAAGAAGAUCACCAGCCAGCAGCUGAAGAGGAAGAGGAAGAAGGAAGAAGACGCCAGCGAGAAGAAGAAGAAGAAGAAGCGGCAGACGGAGGAAGCAGAAGCGGAGAAGAAGAUUGAGGCGAGGAAAGCCAAAAAAGAGGCGUACGAGCGGUACCUGGCGAAUUUCUUUGAUUUUGAGCCCUUCCCACGCACACCCGACCACAUCCUCAACGAGAUGCCCGAGGAAGAGCGUGCCGGAGAAAAUCAACUUGCUGCCUUCGCUGAUAGUAUUAUGGAACGUCGCAGGCUCCUAUACCAGAGAUGCAUCAAGGACUACAUGGACAAGGACAAGGACGAUCACGAAUAGCAAGUGUCUUCGUCUGUCUGUGAUCAAAGCUACUACUACUGGAGUAUCCUAUUCUGAGUUGGACUGUAUCGUAUCGUCUCACUUCAUUAUAUAAUAAUGACUAUGUCAUGAUCGAUGUAAUCGGCACUGAGAUAUAUUAAUAUUAACUACUCCCUCCGUUUCAAAAUGUUUGACACCGUUGACUUUUUAGCACAUGUU